AUGGCGUGGCAACCACAACCGCAGCAGCUGGUCCAGCUAUCGCAGUUCCUGAGAGAUUCUCUAAGCGGCCAUGAUAUCGCGGCUCAGAAGAACGCUGAACAGAUGCUGAGAUCAGCGAAAGCUUCGCCCGACAUCAACAACUACCUAACGUAUCUGUCCGUCACAUCAACCCCACCGCAAGGUCUGGAUGCCACUGCAUAUCAUGCGGCACGAUCAGCAGCUGCAAUCAUGCUCAAGAACAACGCAAGAUCUUCAUACCGGACAAUCCCAGAACCGAGCAAGAUUUACCUAAAGUCAACUAUCCUGGCCGGCCUGCAGGAUGGCAACGCGCAGAUCCGGAACUUUGUCGGCAACGUCGUCACCGAGGUGCUACGACAGGGUGGCAUCCUUGGCUGGCCGCAGGCCCUACCAGACAUGAUUGCCACGGUGGCGAAUGAGAACGGCGGGACUACUGCUGAGGGGCAGGAUGGUGCAAUGGGUGCGUUGUUCAAGGUCUGCGAGGACAACAAACGCGCACUCGACCAGGACUAUCCCAACCAAGGACGGCCACUCGCAUAUCUGCUACCAAAGUUCCUUGAGCUCACCACCAGCGCCAAUCCCAAGCUUCGGUCACGAUCACUCUCUGCCAUCAAUGUCUUCCUGAACGAGCCGAUAGCACUCACAGCACGCGAGAACAUCGACAGCAUAUUGCGGCACGUAGUGCAACUCACCGCUGAUACCAACGAUGAUGUUCGGAGAUUUGUCUGUCGAACAUUUGCUCUGCUUGCAGACGGCAUGCCGAAUGUUUUACUACCACAUGUUGAGGGUAUUGUGGACUAUACCAUCAUACAGCAAAAGGACAUCCAGAACGAAGAGCUUGCGCUAGAUGCCGCCGAGUUCUUCUUUGAGGCAAGCAGUGCGCCUUCGCUACGAGAUGCGCUUGGUCUUUAUCUGAGUAAGAUUGUGCCUGUGCUACUAGACAGUAUGAUCUACAGCGAGGAUGAUCAACUCAGGUUAGAAGGGGAUGCAGAAGAUGCAGACGAGGAGGACGACGAGAAAGAUAUUAAGCCACAGUUCGCCACGUCGAAGACUUCAAGAGCGACCGCAACGGCCACGACCACCACGACGCAGCCUACGAACGGUCAAAAGAAAGAGGCUGCGAACGGCUAUGUUUUCGCAGAGGACGAUGAUCUUGACGAGGGCGAGAUUGAGGAGGACGAUGAUGAGUUCGAUGCAGAUCCCGAGGAUGAAUGGAAUCUUCGUAAGUGUUCAGCAGCGGCACUCGACAGUCUUGCAUCGCACUUUGGAGGCCCAGUCUUCGAGGUGACGCUACCAUGGCUUGAGGAGAGUCUCGCGCAUAAGGACUGGCAGAACCGAGAGGCAGCAGUGCUCGCCCUCGGAGCCAUCGGACCAGGCUGCAUGGAGAAGAUCGAGCCAAGUCUGCCAAAGCUGGUGCCAUAUAUGAUAUCGUUGCUCACAGAUCAGCAACCUGUGGUACGACAAAUUACAUGCUGGGCACUGAGCAGAUUUGCUGGGUGGGCGUCACACCUGGACGCUGCUGGGAAGCAGCAAUUCUUCGAGCCUAUGAUGGAGGGCAUACUGCAAUGCAUGCUGGACAACAACAAGAAGGUUCAAGAAGGAGCAGCUUCUGCGUUCGCUACUCUUGAGGAGUCUGCUAAUGUGCAGCUGACACCAUACUCUGGCGUGAUCGUGCGACAAUUCGUGCAGUGCUUCAGCCGCUACAAGGAUAAGAACAUGUACAUCCUCUACGACUGCGUGCAGACCCUGGCAGAGUAUGCUGGGCCUGAGCUCGCAAAGCCGGAGCUUGUCAACGUCCUGAUGCCAGCGCUGAUUGCUCGGUGGGAGAAAGUGCAGGAUGCCUCGAGAGAGGUAUUCCCAUUACUGGAGUGCCUGGCAUUCGUGGCCACAGCACUGGGUAAUUCGUUCACUCCCUUCGCUCGACCAUUCUUUAUGCGAUGCAUCAAGAUCAUCCAGCAGAACUUGGAGGACGGGCAGAUCGCCACUAACGAGCCUUACCACGAUGUGCCAGACAAGGACUUCUUGGUUACCAGCCUCGAUCUUCUCAGCAGCAUUAUUCAGGCUCUUGAUGAACAGUUCAGCUCCGAGCUUGCGGCCACGGCGAAUCCGAAUAUGUUCGAGCUCCUAGCUUACUGCAUGAAGGAUGGUAACAACGACGUUCGCCAAUCAGCUUACGCGUUGCUCGGAGACUGUGCCAUCUAUAUCUUCCCGCGCCUACAGCGUUAUCUUCCGACGUUGAUAGAAAUCAUCAUGCAUCAACUCGAUGUCAGCCAAACCAGCGAUGAUCCGGAAACCGCCUUCAGAGUGAUUAACAAUGCUUGCUGGUCGUGCGGGGAAAUCGCCAUGAGGCAUGGUAGCGGUAUGGCACCAUACGUCGAUCGCCUACUGCCGAAACUAGCCCUGAUCAUGUUCACCGAGAAUGUACCUGCCUCGCUCAAUGAAAACGCCGCCAUUGCGCUCGGACGAUUGGGUAUCGGCUGCCAUCAACAGCUGGCUCCGCACCUGGCCAACUUUGCUGUCCCUUUUCUCAACGCGAUGCAGAAGGUCUCCUGGACUGACGAGAAAGGCCACGCAUACAAGGGUUUCGCGUCGGUCGUCCUCGAUAACCCGAAAGCCAUGGAGCAGUGCCUCCUCAACUUCCUGGCCGAGAUGGCGAAUGCGCCCGGCCUCUUCUUGACUGGGAUGCAAGGGGAUGGGCCCCUCGAGAAUUUCGAGAAGGUCUUGUCUGAGUACAAAGGUCUGAUUGGUGGUGGGUGGGACGAUUAUCUGCACAAUCUUCCGCCUCCACAGGAGCAGGCGCUGCGGCAGCUUUAUGCCUUUUAG